AUGCUAAUAUUUUGGGGAGCGUUUACCAGGAAGGAUUUGCGGCUGCAUCCUUACCUGCUGAGUCUCCACCGGCCCCCGCCUGAAGGGGAUGGCCCUCUCGUCACUUUCGAUCGCGCUUUCGCCGCUCUGAUCUCGUUCCAGCAAAAAGGUCGCUUUUCGUUCGCCAAUGUCGCGACGUUCAAUCUCGAUCUUUCCGCUACUAGCGCCUCCAUCGCCACGCGCUACAAGCUUCUCUCGCUGCCCGUUCCGCAUGUGCCCGAGAAUCUGACAUGGAGUGACGUGUACCCUGUAUGGGUGAACGAAUCUGACGCAUCCUGCCCAAGAAUUCCUGAACCGAGCUAUCCAGAUUGGCUGACCAGCAUCGACGCCAUUGUCGCACAUGUGCCCUGCGACGAGCCUAACGAUUCCUGGGCGAAGGAUGUUCGCUGGCUACACCACCUUCUCACUAUAACAAGCUUCGUCAUAAGGGCCAAUCGCACGUGGUUACCAGUGGUGUUACUCUCCGCAUGCCACCCGCCGCCCAACCUCUUCCACUGCUCGCGACUCGUGACGCGGGAGGGCGACACGUGGUUGUACAACCUGACGACCACUGACAUGCUGACACGUGUACAGCCCCUGGGAUCAUGCGCCAUGGCUCAGCCUAUCAACAGCGAGAUGGCAGCCACCCAACGCGUCGCGUAUGCUACAGUGCUACACUCGUCGGAUCGCUACGUGUGUGGCGCAAUAGAGAUUCAAGAGGAGAGCAAGCGAGGGCUCAAGGAGGCGGGGUGGACGGUGAAGGAGAUUGAGAGGAUUCGCAAUCCCCACGCACUCAAUGGGACUUAUAACGAGUGGAAUUACAGCAAGCUGCGGCUGUGGCAGCAGACGGAGUACACCAAGCUGCUCUUCAUUGACUCGGACCUGCUCCUCUUGAACAGCAUUGACUUUCUCUUCUCCUACCCCGAGAUUUCCGCUCGCGGAAACGACGGCACGGAUUUCAACUCAGGCGCGAUGGUUUUGGAGCCGUCGGAUUGCAUGUUUGACCUGCUGAUGGCAAACCUAGAGCGCGUGCAAUCGGAGAAUGGAGGGGACCAGGGCUUCUUAAACAAUGUCUUCACCUGGUGGCAUCGCGUACCAGAUUCCGUAAACAUUCUUAAACCGGUCUGGACCUCUGACCCGGUGAAAAAACAAGCUCUCGUCUACAUGAAAAGCAGGUGGUUUUCAGAAGACCCUUCAGAAAUCCACGCUAUACACUACCUUGUGGAUGACCCGCUCGUGCCCGUCCGACUGGACCUGGAGAUCGGAGAUCAACGGCUGCAGGACGCUUUCUGCUGGAACAGCAACGAGCCGGAUGGGGAGAUUGCGACCUUUGCAGAGGGCCUCGUGAGGGACACGAAGCUUCCUCCCUACUUCCUGCCGCACAUCACUCAAGCCAUUCAGGCUCAGGUGGCUGAGUUUCGAUCGCUGCACGCCCAGGACCUGGCAGCAGUGCUGGGGGGACUGGAUGUGUGCACAGCCACAUGCAUAAUCCGAGACCAGUUCUUGUGGGAUUUGAACAACCCAUACGCGGAUCCCGAGGCCUAUGCUGCUGGCCUUUGCUCUGAUCUUGGGAUUACCGAUGCCGAUCCACAAGCACAGGUCUGGGUUGCAGUGACUCUGCGAGAGCAAUUGCUAGAGCUGGCCCGCCAGAUGCUAGCCUCUAAGGAGCCGCGCUCCUCCAAGCGGCCAAGGAGGGAGCGCGGGGGGAACGCCGACCCAAAGGCCACAGCAGCAGCUGCCGCUCCCACCCCUCCCGUCGGCACCACCACUCUGGCCUUCAUGCGGAGAGCAGAUGGGCGCAUCAGCGUGAGAAGGCCUCGUAAGGACUGGCCUGCCUUUGAACCCCAGGUGGAGCUCCUUCAGACCCCCUCUGGUAACCCUACUGGCGGAUCCGCUGCCCGUAACGCCGCUGCUAACGCUGCUGAUGCUGACGACGCAGCCAUUCCUGCGCUGGUGGCUGGAGAUUUCUCUGCUGACGUGGCUACCCCAGGUCAGGUGGACGCUGGUGCUGCUGAUAUGGCAGGUGCUGUUGGUUUUUCUGCUGACGUGGAUCUUGACGGAGAUGAUGAUACCGGUGCUGGCGAUGAUGCGGGGAAUUAUGACGGUGUAGGUGAUGACGUGGCGGAUAGGGAUGUAGGAGAUGAGGACAAAUAUCUCGGUGAUGAGUCAGAUGACUUGGGGGGUGUAGGAGAGGAUGAAGUCUAUCUUUCAUCCUACUUGCCUAAGAGGGGUCCGAGACAUCAUGUGUGA